AUGGCAGUAGUGUUGAAAUACAAACAAGUCAUGUUGACCAACCUCGACUUUGGAAAGAAAGUUUUUGAGCUUUUGAACUUCAGAGGUCAUAAGGGAUACUUACUGAAUGUGCAGCUCAUAAACAAGUCAACCAAACUGAUAGUGGACAUGAAGAACACGUAUGUUGUGUACGACUUGGUCAAGAAAAGGGUAGUGAAAGUCUACUCUGCUCGACCGGAAGAACGCUACAGUACUUUUACACUGUACUACGGUAAUGGUGUACUUGUAGACGUGUACAAUCAACGAGAAUACCCAGUUUUUCCAAUAAAAGUGCCAAAAAUGCCAAAAAUUUACAAUGUAGAUGCGUUUGGCUAUCGGAAAUACGUUGGUUUUGUCAAUGUGCACGGACACUUUAUACUUAUACACACUGAUACUGGAAGAAUGCAGUUUAUGUUUUCAGUUGACGUUGUGUAUUUCGAUCAAUGUGGUGUAAUGGCUGAAAAAUUUGAAUUUGAACGCAGGGAAAUUUGCAUUAUGGAUGACUUGGGUUUUGUCAGAAACACAAGUAAGUUACGAUAUUCAAAACAGUGCGUGUAACACAAUUCCAAAUUUGCCAAAUUGUCUCAAAACUUAAAUACAGUAGCCCCUCUAUAUAACGCAACCUGCAUAACAAACAACUUUUCAAUCCCUAUCUACCACUACACAGUGCAUUUAAAACUCCUGUAUAGCGAAACCUCUUCAUAACGAACAAAUUUUGAACCUCCUAGCGAUUUGUUAUACAGAGGUUUUUGCUGUAUGUGCUGCAAUGAAACUUGAAAGUUUAAAUUUUUUAUUUUUGAAAAUUUUUAUAUUCAGAUUUCUUCAAAGUUCUUGUCUAUGAAAUCAACACGGAACGUUGUAUUUUGGAUGUGCCUGCACGAAAAACAAGUUUUGCGACGAAUUGUGGAGUUGACGGUCUACACUUCACAAACAAAGAUGGACAUGGUAACGUAAGUUUUUAAAAUACCUUAUCUUACCCUACCCUACCCCACUCUAUCCUAUCUACUCAUGUUCGUCUUUCCAAUUUCGAUACCUUAAUAUAUACCUUUUUUUCAGUUUUUCGGGUACAAUCCAAACAAAAAGCAAUAUGAAAACAUCGGCUUUCUCGAUUAUUGGUUUCUGCCUUGCCCAGAUUGUGAAAAAAUUUCUCUUUUCCCCAUGAUUAAUAUAUUUUACAAAACAAACGGUGAUCGCGAUAAGAAGGAGUUCAUGAUGGUGGACUGGUCUACAGGUAAGAGGAUUUUACAAUUUGUUUUAUUGAAGUCACGUCUUGUCAUUAAAACUAAUAAAAUUAGAUUGUUCAAAUAAUUCUGUGCUCCUAACCUCUAAAAUACUUGCUUUGAAAGGGGGCACAAGAUUAUUUGAACAACCUACUAUAAUAUCAGGUUGGAUUUAGAAAGUAAUCAAAUUAGGUUGGCAAGUAAAGAAUGUCGAGUUUUACCAAAUGGUUAGGGUAUGGUAGGGCAGGGUUUUUUUAAUCUUGAUGAUGCAGAUGAUUCUGCACAACAUUAUAGCUAACUACAAAGUCUGGCAUUUUUUUGUGUAAUUUUUAAGUUUUUUUCUUACACCGCUGACUUCGGGAUUUCAUCGUCAAGUUCAAGUGGUCACAUGUUUCUCGAGGGUAAAGCAGGGUUGGACGCAGGGCAGGGCCCGGUAACAGGGCAUUUUUGAAUUAUGUUUUGGCGCGCUUUUUUUAAAUUUUUAUGGCUAGGCCUAAAAACGCAAAAAUUUCUAGAAAUGGGUUUUAAACACUUUUAAUCCAUUUUACGUUGUUAUUUUCUUGAUAACUAUUACAGUUUUUAAGAUAUGUGUUUGGCGGGAAUACGAAAUUCAAAAAACGCUUGUUGAAAUGUUCUACCCUGCGUCCAACCCUGGGGUAAAGCCAACAGUUUUAAAACGCUGACACUAGACCUUACUUUAUCCUACCUUGCCUGCCUUAUCCUAACAUACCCCACGCUACCUUGCCCUGCCCUACUAGUGUACCCCCACCCCUAUAUCAGCUCCCUAGACCCUAAAAUGAGUACUCUUGACUAGACAUGAGGAACGAACCGGGCCUGAGCGUUAGACUUGGCCCGAUCAAAAUUUUGCUCAGGUCCGGCACGAAUUUUUUACGUGCAAACGCGCCGGUCCUUGAUUUUUAGUUUGAUUUUCAAGUCUAACCCGACCAAAAUUUGGGUAAAGGACGGCCCGGCCCGUUCCUAGACAUGAGGAACGGAUUGGGUCUGACCCAAAUUUAGGUCGGGCCAAGCUUGCCUCAUGUCUAACUUUUGGUUAGAGUUCCUACGGGCUCGAGAGCGAGCCGGCCCCUAUUUUGGCGGACCGGUCCGGCUCAUAGCGCCCAAAUAAAUAAUUUUUUAAAAAAUUAUAUUUCGGCCCUGUUUGGACCAUUUACUGUUUUUAAACCAUUUCUAAAAAGUUUUUUUUUUUUUUGACUAAAAGAGAUCCUGUUAAAUAGGGCCUAUUUUUCAUAUAUCAGGCCGGGCCUAGAUUUCAGGCCCGGCCCGUUUUCGAUUUUGCUCAGGCCCGGCCCGGCCCGAAGGUAGGGCCCGGCCCGUUGCUCAUGUCUACUUUUACAUUAUUUUUUUAAUUUAAAAUUUUGAUUAUUUGUUGUAAACUUUAAAGUCACGAUGACGCAUUUUCUGAACAGAUUUGAACUUUUAUAAAAUCAGUCGUCUUUUUGGGGUUUUAAAACCUUAUCAUUAUCUUUUAUAUUUUUAAAAAUAUAGCUUAAAUUACCUUUUUUUUUUUAAAUAUUUUUAGUUUUGCGUAUCUGUCAAUUUUAAAAUGUCACAAUGACACAUUUUCGAAACAAAUUAUUUUGUUAAUUUAUAUCAUUUACAGGGCUGAAUAGCGGUCGUCAAACUUGUAAAUUUUUGUAUAGAAUGUCGUAUGGUAACAAGGGUCCCAUAUCUCCAAGCGAAUGCUCGGACAUGAUUCGCCGCGCGGUGAAGAUCGGGAUGAUGGGUAACAAACUUUCCAGCGAGUUUCCUCGAGAGUGGCUCAACAGAGUAAGUUGAUCUUGGUCUUAAAAGAUGCACUAGACUUUAAUCUAUUAUAAUAUUACCGCUUUUUUACUUUUGAGAAUGUUUACUUUGAGAAAAAUCAAAUUAUAUUGACUUAGCAUAUCUAAUCUAACCUUGUUUUAGAUCUGUGCUCAUGUAGCGGUCUUGUUAAUGAAAGAGGGAAAUGUUGUGAACUUGAAAGUGUCGAGCAGGCCCCGAUAUGUGUAUACUGAAUUGCACGGUGAUCUACGGCAGUUUUUGUUGUGGAUCAACGAUAUUUUGGACGGAGAGGCUGAUCUACUGUUCUUGGGUAAGGAUUUCUUUUUUUCUUUUGAAUUUUAGGUAUAAAAUCAGGUUCAUUGGUUGGAAAAAGGUAGUUAAAAGAUAUCCGCAUGUUUUCUGAAGGUUUUUGUCUAAAAAUUUUGAGGUAAAACCUUUGAAAUUCAACUUUAUUCCAUUUUUUAAGCCAUUGAUCAAGUGUAUGGUAUCUUUUACUCAAUUUGACUUAAAUGCUUUUUAUUAUUUUACGAAAUCUUAUAAUUUCACUUUAGGAGACUACGUAGACCGUGGAGAAAACGCCAUUGAAAUCCUGGUAAUCUUAUUCUUGUUGAAAAUAGCCUUCCCCGAUCAAAUUCACCUUCUUCGUGGAAAUCACGAAACACCGGAUCUUGGAAAUCAAUUUGGACAAGAUGUAGGUUUUUUUCUUAUAUUUAUUUUGCUUUUAGUGUCAUAUUCAAUUUGGCAAGGACUUUGAUGGACUUUUCAACUGCGUUUUUGAUCGAAUGCCGUUGGUGGCUUUGUUGGAUGGUGAAGGUUGUUUCGAAGGAGGUAAGUGGGGAAGUUUAAGUUGAUUAACUGAUGAUUUUGGUGUUGUUAGAAAGCUAAUAGACUAAGGAAAGUUUUUCUAUAAGAAUAUAAGAAUUUGGGUAGUCUAGACGUGUUUUUUGGUUGGAAAGUAAAAUUAUAUUAUGAUAGGUCAUAAAAGUAUGUUUUUAAGACAAAACUCAUUGAAUUUAGGUUUUUUCUAGAAAGUGUGUACCGCUUUAUAGUAUUAUUAGAAAGCCAGUUUUCUUGUGAACAUUUUGACAUAUAGCAUGUCAUAUAGAGAUUGUCAUAUUGUGUCAAAAAUUUAAAUUUUCUUUUACAAUGUAUAACGAAAAAUAUUGUUUUAGAGAAGAUUUACUGUGCUUACGCCGGAAUCUCACCGUGUUUCGAAGUUUGUCCAGAACGACUUCAAAUGGUCUUGGGGGUUUUUGUAGGCUUAAUUUUUAAUUUUUUUAAAUUUGAAAUUUUUCGAAAUUUUGAAUUUUUUUUAAAUUUUAACUUUUGAAAUUUGAAAUUUUUAUAUUUUCAGCUUUGA